AUGACACUAAGAACUAUAUCGAUGAUCACCAAGAAUUUAAGAUUAACCUCCAAAAGUUUUACUCCAAAGAGCUCACCUCCUUCAACAACUAUCCCAGUUAUAAAGGAGCCUGGUAUUACUCAAUGUCGUAGAAUGACUACUGUCAACAAUAUUGCAAGUCUGAAGGGAUAUUCCCCAGUUUCUAAAACUGUACAUGAUAAGCCAAUUGUUAUUUGCACCGAUAACGAAGAGGUAGAGACUGUAUCGGAACACGUGAAAGUUUGA